AUGAAAAGACUCCCGGUAAGGAGCCUCCGUGCGAGGCUCGUUCAGUACUCUGCCAGCAGGUUCCAUUUGAACAAGUGCAGCUACUCCAGCAGCAAUACUUAUGAGCCGUUCGCAAAAUGGAAAAAUGAAGGUGAUACAAUUCAGGCCCAACACGCUAACGUCGCAGGAGACGACGCGGUAUUUGAGGAUGUGCCAUUUGAUGACAGCGUCGCCACGAGCCUCACCUUCGACAUCACUGUGGACGAGGAGAAAUGGAGGCAACAGGAGGAAAUGGAGUACCAAAGGUUUAUGAGCAGUGUGGGGAACGCACAUGGGGAGGUCACCACCAAUACUCACGCACACUCUAUUGAGAGGUCUGCGGUGGGGCAUACCGAUGUGGACCUCCUCAAAGGGAUGCUUCACAAAGGGGACAAAAACGCCACGUCCAUAGCAGAUGCGGUGAUCCUGGUGAAUAAAAAUAAAAACAUUCUUCUGAAUUUGGAGGAGAGAGAAGCAAACAGCUUCUUCAACCAAGUGAGUGAUCACGUCCUGCAGAUGGACAAGCACAGUCUGAUCGAUCUGAUGAGGGGUCUAAGCCAAAUGAACAUGAAAAAUAGGAUCCGCGAUUUGUGUUACGAGAUUGCUACGAUGCUCAAAGGGGGGCACAUGUCCAGGGGUGCACAGGCGAAUCAACAGCAGCAUGAACAGGACAACGAACAGCAGCACCAACUCGAAAUCAAACUGUGCAUGCACUGCAUAGCCGUGCUGAAUAAACACUCUCUUUAUUUUUCAGAGUUCUACGAGUACAUGUCUUCCAAAGUCAGUCACCUCGACACAGAUGCACUGGUGUCCUUUGCAGAGGAGUGCUACAAGCACAGCUUGAGGACGAAGCAUUAUUUGGACAGACUAGUUCCUGUGUGUGUGUCGAGGGUGGAAGAGUUGAAUCUGGUGCAGGUGAAGAGUCUGUUCCACUCCUUCCAUCGGUUCUGUAAGGAAUACACCAGCUUCUACGAUAGUGUUUUAGAUGCAGUGGUGAGGGAUGUCCCCCACUUUGACUUACCAUUUUGCCAACUGGUCCUGAAGGUCGCCACGAAUUUCAAACACCCCGAGAGGUAUGUCCAUUUGAUUAACUUGGUCAGCUCGCAUAUACGUUUGCAGGUGAAGCAACUGGACGACUCUCCACUGACCCACCAGACAGUCUCGUCAGAGAAGAACCAAAAUAGCUGUUCCAACGAGGAUGCUGCUGUGAUGACAUGUUUGGAAGACAAAAAGGAAAAUAACAAUUUGAAAAAAUGGGAGAGAUCAGAUGCAGCAGCUCCUCACCACAUGUCGGACAAAACGAAUGCGGUCACCGAAAUGGUAAGGUGCUUGAAGUAUCUAGAACACAAUAAAAAACACGGAGGGGAGGUAAAAGAAGCAGUGAAUGAUAUAUGUGACUUGCUACAGAGGAACACUCAGGUGAUUGGCAUGUUAGAUGUAGAAGAUGUGGUGCAUGCAAUAAGCUGUUUCUCCUCAUACAAUAAAAGAAUCGUUUUGUAUAACAACUUGCUAGAUGUAUUAUGUGAGAGGUCAACUGAUCUUCUUCAUGCGAAGAACAUUUCCCUGUGGAUACACCCCAUCCUAAGUUUAGCCAAAAUUUCUUGGUUCCACAAAAAUUACUUGCGCAGUCUCUUUGAUCAUGUGAAGGAUAUUUACCUGCUGAGUCGACUGAGUGCGUUUCAAAUUUUGAAAGUCUUAUCUUCUAUUGUUAAAACGAAUGUGUACGACGAGCAGGUGUAUAAAGUACUAAUCGAGCAGGUGUACAAGGAAUGGGACAUUAUAAAGGUAAAAAUGGUUGAUGUAGCUACCUUUUUGUGGUCCUGUGCUUAUGUUAAUAUAAUUUAUAAGCCCCUAUUUGAUAGCUCAUACACGUGGUUGUUAGAAUCGUUAAGCCAACAAUCCUGCAGUACAGAUAAUCAUCUGAUGAGCAGGAAGAACUGCCUUGUUAAUAUCACCUGGUCAUACAUUGUUGCGAAUUAUCACAAAACAAAAGAAAAUUUUCAUCUCAUUUUAAAUGCUACCUUUGUGGACAGAAACCCAGAUGACUCACAAGCUUUUAAGAGACUCCACCAAAUUGCGGAUGCUUGCUUUAGCGAGAUACCUCAUUGUUUAGUUGACGCGGAUGCGCUAGAUUGUAUGUACAAGUACUGCAUGCAUGACAAGUGUAGAACGUUGAGAAAUGAUUUUAGCGUUUAUAAGAAGGAGAAGGAUGCUCUGAAAAUGAGGAACAGAAUAAUAAGUGAAUUGACACACAUGUUAAAAUGUUUUGAAGUCUCAUAUGAGCUCCAGUAUGAACCUUACCAAAACUCCCCCUACAUUAUUGAUAUUCUUUUGAAUGAGGAGAUGAAGAUAGGUAUUUGUGUCUUUGGCAAGGAACACCUGAUGCGCACUCUGGAAACGGCUAACUGGGAUCACAUGAACAGCGGCUUCGUCUCCCUACAGAUGCGUGUCCUCCAUGCACACGGAUGGAAGAUCAUCCCCAUUAAUGGUGGCCAAUGGCUUCAGAUGAACUCCGAGCAGAAGAAGGCCCUCCUGCGCGAAAACUUCCAGCGCUAUUCUGUGCUGAUAUGA